AUGGCGAGGAACGUCGCAGAGGACAACUGGCGCCUGAUGUCUUCUGCCGAGCUGCCGCCAUGUGAAGGACCCAAGCUCCAGGCAUUCAAAUACCGCUCUGCCCGCAUCCAUUGGGGAGAUUGUAUCGGCGGUGACAUUGGCUCGCAGUCUUAUGUAUUCAAGGUGAAGAUCAAGUCCAAGACCUAUGCGUUGAAAGUUUUCAAAUUCUUCAAGCCCUCGACCCAGAGGUUCGUUUUGGGUCCCAGAUUGGGGAAAUUAGUCAGCGACGACGAACUGGCUUUCCACACUGAUCCCUUUUUCGCCGAAUGUCGGGCCUACAGGCGCAUUGAAGAGGCGAGAGCCAAGGAAAAGCGGGUGCGGAAGGUCGUUGCCCGUUGCUAUGGAUUCCUGGUACUUGGAGCUCGAGAUGAGGAGCACCUGAAGAGGAACGGGUUUGAUCUCUGGCCUAGUACCAUGCUACCUGGCGACGGGUAUCGAGCCAUGGCCGAGGGGAGCCCAGUUCGUGCCCUCGUGAAGGAGUACAUCGAGAGAGACCCAGACCUCGAUUUACGCACCAUGAACGGGAUGCUCAAGGACAUCCGGUUCCUCAACAGGCACAAGUGUCUGAACAGAGAUAUCAAGCGGGACAACUAUCGCGACGGGCUGCUGGUGGAUUUGGGAUGUGCUUGGACCGAACCCCACUGCCUCAUCCGCCUGGUGAGUAAGGAGCGCGUGGAGACUUGGAGGAUAACGGACAGGGUACAAUUCGACAUAAUGGCGAAGGAACAGGGGUUUGACGGGAGAGACUUCAAGCGUCUCAUCAAGUAG